UCCAGAUUUGAAAUUCUUUGAACGUUUUGUGGUGAAGAUUAUCUCCAGGAAAGUAACUGAUACCGAAUGUCUUGAUUAUUACAAAAAGGAAUUAAAAGAAAAGGCAGAUAUGAUGAAAUAUUACCGAUACAGAAGUGAGAGAGGGAAUAAAGAUGGACAUGAAGGGGAAAAAACUAUGAAGAACUUUGGGGCCACACAAUUCUACAUCUGGCAGUGUGCUUUGACAAAACAGAAACAGCUUCAGCUAUUUUAGAAGGUACUCCGGAUCUUAUCAACACUGACAUUGGAACAUGGCCUGAUAAUAAGGACACAUAUAAAGGACUGACACCCUUCCACAUUGCAGUGGCCCAUGGUCAGGUUGGCCUGGUAAAACGCAUGCAUGAAACGUUUGAGAGGGAGGAAGCUGACAGGAUUGGUCGAAGGAUGAAUGGAACAGUGUUCAUGGGCCAGUUGCCGUUUCACACGGCUGUCCUGUGUUACUUGAACGACCCUAACAAAGACGAUACAUGCAGGGACCCAGAAAAUAGAUUUGUGAAGAUUAUCCAAUUGCUUGUGGAAAAAGAAGGCGUUUUUGAAGAGAAAAACUACAGAGGAGAUACAGUUCUUCACAGCAUCAUGCGAUUUGUAAGAUGUUUUCCUUCGCUGGAGCGACGUACAGUAGACAUGAUGCCAUGGUUGGAGUCCUUAAUGGAUAAAAGAGCAAUGGAAGCUCGUGAAGAUGUUUUUGACUAUAAAAGAAAACUAUUUUUUACAAAAAACAAAACUCACAUGACAGCACUUCAACUUGCAACAGAAAGCGGUCACAUUAAUCUGUUUGCCUACUUUAUGAAAGUUAAAGGAGUUUAUCUCAUUGAAUAUCCCCAUGACAACAUCUAUGAGAUACGACGAUGUGAUGUUACCGAGAUGGACAAGUUUGCUUCCAUCACAGCUCAACCAUAUCCAACACAGGACAAAAAUGGUCACCCAAAAGAGACACAUGCUGCGCGACAAAACGGCCAAACUACCCCAACCCCAGACUUUAGUAACCAAUCUGUUGCUGAACUUCUCUGCUGUCAGGAUCUACCAGUCGCAACUGAACUGGUUCGCGCAGACGUGUUUGAAGAAAUGGUCCGGCGCAAACUGAAUACAUAUUGGGUUCCCUUUUGGAUUCUGAGUGUAUUCCACGUCUCGCUGAUUUGUUUGUUGUGUGUGUAUGUCGUUGCGAGGGCUGGUGCUACUGAAGGCAUAUCCUGGUCACCACGACUAUUUCUUGAAAUCUGUAACAUUGUUACAUUUCUCUGUUCUAUUCUGUACUUUGUACAGGAAUUCCCACUUCGGUAUUAUUUUGCAAAACAACCAUUUGCAUGGACAGCGGUACACCACAACGUCGUCUACAGGGUCCUCUUUGUCCUGUUCGCUGUUUGCCUGUUUGCCGAUUCGAUAUUCUACAGGAUACCCAAUUCAGUGUUUGUUGACUACAAAACCACUUUUCUGAUUUUGGCUAUAGUUGUAGGGACAUGGCCAAUAUUGUUCUUUCUGCGUAUUAGCAGACGCUUCAGCUUGUAUAUUGUACUACUGAAUGAGGCGUUGUUCAAAACUGUGGUGCCAUUUGCCGUUCUCAUCCUCAUGCAGGUGUUUGUGUUCUCGGCGUGUAUGCAUGCAACGUUUCUACACAAUGAACAAAAUAGCAGUGUUCUGGAGGAGUUUUCACAAUACGGCAUGUCUUUACUAACCAUGGGUAAACUGAUGAUUGGUUUAACAGAAAUUGACCAACUAUUGAAAUCCCGUGAAGAUGGGAUAAUAGUAUUUCUGUUUGGUUUGUUCAUACUGAUCACGUUUCUGUUGAUGAUCAAUGCCCUCAUUGGUGUGAUGACCAAUCGAUUCCAUGAUACACAAACGAACACUGAAAUGGUUUGGCGGUUACAAAAGUUGUCAAUUAUCAUUUUCAUUGAAGGGUGGUUUUAUGCUUGUAUUUUAAAACGGAAAAUCUGUAGACUUGUUCAUUGUAAAGACCAUACAAAAGAAGCCGUUCAAUCAAAUAUUGAUGGAUACACUACAAAGAGAUUUGUGAUGUCUUACAGGAAGGUUCGAAGUGCGACCGCAGAUAAUCCAGGAAAUGCUGAGCAUAUUCUAAGAAAACAGGUGAAAAGGAGUGAGGAACUUAAUGUUAAAAUUGACAGGUUAUUAGAUUUGCAAGAAUCAAAGAGUUAUGAUGGAACCAGAGCUUUGCAAAUUUAUCAUUACAAGUACUAGUUAAUGGGGUAGUGCAUGUAUUCGUGUGUGGGGGUAUUCAUAACCGGGAUUCUGAUCCAUAAUCAUAGGUUUCUGGCGUGCCCAAUGGGACGCGACUCUGCACAGCGAAUCUCAGCGCCUUAGACGACUGGGCCACCCGUGCCCCCAGACACAAUGACCAGGCACAUUGUUUGAGUGCAGUUGAUUAGUAAAAGUAUA